CGAACAUGGCGAGUGGUAUGUACCAGCAAAUGGUGGUUCCCGCGCCCUACCACUUCCACCAACCACAACCACAACCCAUGCCCGCCGUGUCACAGGAACCUGAACCCAAGAAGGAACCUAAGAAGCGAAAAAAACCCUCAGAGAAGGUCAAUGGGGAGAAGAAAAAGCCGAGGAUCAUUGGUCAGACGGCGUAUAUGGCAGGGGUGAGGCAGGAGGCUGGGGUAGCUGAUGGUGGCGAGUGUUCACGUUGUAAUAAGAAGAAGUGUUUUAAACAUGCUGAUGCCAAGAACAAGAACCAGAUGUCGAAGAAGACGCCAGAAGACACAGUACUACAGAUGAAGAAGCACAUGCUAAAGUUAUUAUCGAUGCACGACUACACCAUAUUCUGUAAGACUGACCAGAAGAACGGACAGGUGGACGUUGAUAUCUCCAAGAUGCACCGGUCGUACCUGGAGGAGCACGAACCACAGGCCUUUGAGCCGCCUCCGUCUAAUGAUCCAAAUAGGGAAUACAAGCCUAAGGUGAAGCAGUGGCUGUAUCGAAAAAUAUUCCUAGAUGAGUUUAAGAGCUUCGAGUAUACCGAGUGUAAGCGUCACAUCGGGGACUUGAGACGCAGUAUAGAGAGCGUCAUGAUUCAGAAAAAGAAAAAAACUCCGAAACCCAAACCUCCGGCUCCUCCUCCCCAGCACCAGGUGAUGCCACAGGACUACAGCAUGAACAACCACAGUCCUAGUAAUGGUGGAGCCACUGACAUGAGUCGAACAGCUAUGCCUCCCCCGGGGACUAUUGUAGCCGCCACCACCACGCACCCACCAGCCAGUACUGCCCCGGGAGGAUACCAGCCCAACUUGAUGAACCUCGGGGUGGAGACGACAUCUGCCCCAGUGUCGUCCAUGGCAGCCAUGGGGGCAACCUCAACACUCCAUAAUUCUCUAGCCACCUACAUGACUCAGCAGGUACAGCCCAACUUGUUGUUUGGCUUGGGACAACAACAACAACCACCUCCUGCACAACAACAACCUCUUAAUUUACAAACGUCUCAUCAAGGUCAACCGGCUAUGCAAGCGCCCCCUCACCAGGCGCCCGGAGCCGCAGCCCCGCCAACUGCCGCUCCUCCCUUACCACUUAAUUUACACAAUCCUUACUAUGUCUCUCUAGGUCCCAUGUUGCCUCUCCCACAACAUAACCAUCAACAACAGUUCCAACAAAAUAUGUUGCAGCAGCAACAAGGAAUUCCAGGUGGUUUUAAUCAGCACACUAUGUACCAGUGAGGCAAGGCGGCCCCCGGCCCUACCCACUACCCGUCCCCUGUGCCAGCACAACACCCAAACCAAUAUUGUCCAUACACUCGCAUGCCGGCCAUAUCCGGCUCCUAUCAGUAUACCUGGUCUGUGGCGGCCCCGGUGGCCCCGAGUAACUCGUCGGCCGCGGCGAGACGAGCGAACUUCCCGCCCGCGUUUACCUCUCAACCCCAGCACUGUUAUUUACCAAACUCUGUGCCCCCUCAAAGCUUCCCUCACUCUACUGACCAUCACCUCACACAGCCUUUGUAUCACAGUCACUGCUCCUCAGAACAUCAAAAAGUUUCUCCUAUUCAAACUUCGUCAGUGAUGCCCCACACUCUUGCCUCCACCACGUCGCCUCAGCCCAGUUCACAACGCAUCACGACCUCGAACGCGGCACCCGCCGUGCACCACGUUCUCGCGACCGUUCCUUCGCCGGGCGUACUACAGAGCGACUACCCGCCCAAAACGGUACAACACGGAAUCACGGUCAAUCCCCCACAAAACAACUAUGUCAAUUUGGUAUCCUCUACUCAUUUAGUGUUGGACAAAUGUAACCCCACGAGCCAACACAUAACAAGCCAAAAGGGUGAAGCCACAGACCAACAAACCUAUUUGCCAAUUUAGUUAAUAAUAGACAAAAUCUAUCAUUAUCACUAAAGUUUUAUAUUCAGGUGUAUGUUAGUAUACAGUAUUGUAAGUUAAGCAUCGUUGCAUUUCAUCGGUAACUGCAACUGUGUGGAGUUUGGUGUGUGGUGUGUGUGGUACAGAUAAGGUCAGUGGCCACACAUUGGGUUUCCUAACAAAAGUUAAUCUUAGGGACUACGGGGCCGAAUUGAUGCAGACUUCCCCUAGAGGAGUCUUGCACACUGCUAAUGUAAUCUUAGAUACACAUAAACCAGUGUUAAUGGCGUAUGUCGUCACUAUACUGGUUCCUCCUGUGUAGCUGUGUCAAAAUAGGACUUUAUGAAACACCAGAAGCCUUACUGGGCUAACUCUCAUAUUUUUCCAUCUCUUAUAAAUAAUAGGAUUAUUGUGUACAAAGAUUAAGAUAGUUUCUUUAUUGUUAUAGUUUGAGUUUAGUCCUGAUUAUCCUCUCACAGUGUACACUACAACAAGUAUACUGUGUGUGUUGUAUUUGUUCAGUGUACACUACAACAAGUAUACUGUGUGUGUUGUAUUUGUUCAGUGUACACUACAGUACAACAAGUAUACUGUGUGUGAUGUAUUUGUUCAGUGUACACUACAACAAGUAUACUGUGUGUGUUGUAUUUGUUCACUGGCCAAGCUAAGUAACUUGUGGAUACAUUUAUUUUCUUCCAUAUAUUAGCAGUGAAGAGUACAGUACAGUACAGUUCAUUACAGUACAUUACAGUAAAGUACAGUACAGUACAGUUCAUUACAGUACAUUACAGUAAAGUACAGUACAGUACAGUUCAUUACAGUAAAGUACAGUACAGUACAGUACAGUUCAUUACAGUACAUUACAGUACAGUACAGUUCAUUACAGUACAUUACAGUACAUUUCAUUACAGUAUAUCAGUACAGUAAAGUACAGUUCAGUACACUAAAGUACAUUACAAUAUAGUAUAUCAUACAGUACAGUACAGUACACUAAAGUACAUAACAAUACUGUACAGUAUAUCUCAGUACAGCACACUAAAGUACAGUACAGUAAGGUA